CAGUGCGGGCGGCGGCGACGGGGCAGAGUCGACAAACGGGGCGCGUGCGGCGUCCGACCAUACGGUCCAGGGGCGCGCCGUGUUGUCCAGGUAGCUGGGGGACUUGGCGUCAGACGACUGUCGUGGCUGACCGCCAUGUUGGACCUGAAGAGUCCGCCGACGCCACUGGCCGGGGACUACCUGCCGCGGGGCACGCCGCUUACCAACUUGUCCAUGCUGUUCUCAGAUCCCGCAUACAAGGCGGCGUGGGGCGCGCAUACUUCUCAGACACAAGCUUACUCGCACAACAGUCUGUCAAGCGUGGCAAAGUCAUCGCUGGAGGCCAGCCAUGCUCACCUCAGACAGCCAGAUCCGUACCAGAUGUUUGGCCCCACAAGCAGUAGACUUGCCAGCUCAGGCACCGGCCAGAUCCAGCUGUGGCAGUUCCUGCUGGAGCUGUUGUCGGACAGCACCAACGCCAGCAUCAUCACCUGGGAGGGCACCAACGGCGAGUUCAAGCUCUCCGACCCAGACGAGGUGGCACGCAAGUGGGGCGAGCGCAAGAGCAAGCCUAACAUGAAUUACGACAAGCUCAGCCGCGCGCUCAGGUACUACUAUGACAAGAACAUCAUGACUAAGGUGCACGGGAAGCGGUACGCCUACAAGUUCGACUUUCACGGCCUGGCCGCCGCCACGCAACCCGCCAUGACCCCCGCCGCGUACAAGUACCAGGGCGACUUCUUCAUGACUGGCUAUCACCCUCGUCCAAGCUGAAACUUCAUGGGCACACACACGCCUAUGCCCAGCAGCACGGGGAGCAUAUUUCCGUCGCCGUCGUCCUACUGGCCGAACCCUAGUGCCAACCUCUACUCGAACAUAGCGGCCGCUUCGGGACAUAUGACGUCGCACCACCCCAGUCACAUGACGUCACACAUCGCGUCAUACCCCCACUAUGCGUGACAGACCCCCGCCAAGUGGUGGAUGUGGUGCUAUCCAGAUGAAGCAACGCCAACAGAGAAUUUCUGAGAAAAAGGUUUAGUUGUACUACCUAAAGAUGUGCGCUGGUUUCGUCGUGGCUUAUACCGGUGUUG